AUGUGCCAUUGUUCUAGCUCUCCAGUGUCUGCGUUGUUUGUGAGGGGCCGAGUGGUGGAUGCCUAAGCUUGAACAUCUCUAUAGAGGAGAGGUAAACUACUUCUUCUUAAAAUAAUUUUGUGCUAUGUUAGAAGCAGAUGUCUACCCUUCCAUUCAGAGAGCCAGCUGUGGAAGCUGCAGUCGGCUCUACAGGCAAAAAUUUGAAGACCGUUGCUUGGCGCGCGUGGAGAAAAGACGCAAAUCGGAGUUCCAAAGCCGGCUCAAAGUUUUGCAGCCGGCUCUCGAGGAAAACAGAAUGGCCUGCAAACCCGGAUAGCCGGCUUUGGAAGUCUCGAGCUUUGUGUCCUGCAGAGCAUUUAAUGACCCCAACGGCUAGAAACGACUAUUUUCGAGCAAGGGGUUAUAAAUAUGGUUGGUAACAGAUCUGAAGAAGUUUAGAGAACAUUGCAUUGAAUAUCUUUACCUACCUACUUGAGCUUAAACUUGAGUUUUUGAUCUUUGAGUGAUCAUUGCUUGUAAUCCUCUUCUUGUGCUUUUAGUGAGUGAUCUUGGGGGUGUGUUGAUUCCUUCAAGAGUGAUCUAUUGAGAGGAUUUGUGGGGCUUACAUUGUAAAGGGGUGAGGUUUGAGAGAAAUACUCAUCUUAUUGUAAAAGGAUUGAGUGGCUCAUUUAAACCACCCUUGUCUUUCUUAGUGAAGAGUGUGGAGGAAAUCCUUGGUGAGUGAAGCCAAGGUAGAGGACUGGGCUCCAAGUGGUUGGACCGAACCUCUAUAAAUUCAUUGUGCAAGC